AAUCACAAAAUUAUGUUAAUUCUGGGGGCAGAGUGAGGCAGGCACUCUCCCCACUUUCCCAUACGCAUACACUCUCACAUGAGCGAGAAUAUUGGCAGCCAUAAAGAUUAAUGGAUUGUUUUGGUUUGUUUGCGUGUGCAUGUGAAUGAACAACGACAAGGAGAGUAUGUUCCAAAAAAUUAGGUUAUGAUUAUUUCCACAAAAACCAAGACCACCAGCGCCAGCGCCAUCACCACAACCACGAACCAAUGCCUCCUUUUUCCCCGCACUUCGCAUGGAUGAUCCGAAUAAUGUUUUUUUAAUAGGCAGCAGCUCCCAGUGAUUUUGACAUAAAACUUAGACAAAUGAUUUAGAGGAGUUCUUUAUUUGAAAGCCAAUUGAAAAACGCAAAAGAACCGAAGCAAAGCCACCUCGUUUUUCUUCAGCUGAAGGGCACAGAGUGGGAGAGGGAAAUGGUCGCAUCGCAUCGCCUUAGAAGGAAACCUCAGCAAGGCGAGGAGAAAGCAUCACCCUCAACAUUCAGCGAUUACCAUGAUACAUUACUUGUGUCCUCAAAGUCCUCUUCGUCCGCUUCCGCGGGCGCCACAACCAUUUCCUCCCCCUCGUCGCCGUUGCCAUCGUCCUCGUCAACUAGCCAACCAACCAUAAGGAUAACUGGCAUCAACACAACGGCACAGCAGUUUAAAACUAUGGAUUACUCGGCGGAAGCUCUACUGGAUUUCAAUUUCACCAAGGCAUCAAACGAUUCUAGCAGUUUUAUAGAAAACUUUUCCCAUCAACUCUUCGACUUGAACACCCUCUCUGCUGGCUCACGCAGCAGCAGCCCUCACAUUGCCAACGGCCAUGAUGUCAACUCUACGGUCGUGCAAGUGGUUUAUGAUGGCGCAUCAUUAAAUCCUGCAACUUUCUUAUCAUCUGAUACCACAUCAUUGCCAAUGUUCACAACGGCAGCUACUGCUGCCACCGUCACCGCCACCGCUGAUGCCAACGGAGGCCUAGUUAUGGACACAUUGCUGGGCUCUGUUAUGACCACUGCCACCGCCACUGUCACUUCGGCCGCCUCCCGCUAUCAGGGUGAUGUGUAUGAGACCACCGCCAUUUCCUCCAUGUCGACAAUGAGAAGCGCCAACAAUGAUUCGGCCUACUGGGAAUUGGAGGCAUCCGACUUUGAUUUCCUCUAUCGCCAUUCGUUGACCAUGACCAUUGUCUAUUGCAUUGCUUAUGUGAUUGUGUUUCUGGUCGGCUUGGUGGGCAAUAGCUUUGUCAUUGCCGUUGUCCUGCGAAUGAGGAAUAUGCGCACGGUGACCAACUACUUCAUCGUUAAUCUCGCCAUCGCUGAUAUUUUGGUUAUUGUCUUUUGUUUGCCGGCAACAUUGAUGAGCAACAUAUUCGUACCUUGGAUUCUGGGCUGGCUCAUGUGCAAAACGGUACCCUACAUACAAGGAGUGUCAGUGGCUGCUUCAGUUUAUAGUCUAAUUGCAGUCUCCUUAGAUAGAUUCAUUGCCAUAUGGUGGCCUCUGCGACAGUUAUCGAAAAGCCGUGCUCGCUUCAUGAUUUUGUGCAUUUGGAUAAUUGCAUUUGGCACCACCAUACCGUGGGCCCUCUACUUCGACUUAGUACCCGCCGCCGAAGCUUUCCCAGCCGCUCCGGAUAUGUAUUUGUGCCAGGAGGUCUGGCCGCCCGGAACCAGUGGCAAUCUCUAUUUUUUAUUGGCCCACCUUUUGGCCUGCUACGUACUGCCCAUGGUGUUGAUAACCUUGUGCUAUGUUCUCAUAUGGAUUAAAGUGUCAACGCGCUCCAUACCAGGCGAUACCAAGGAUGCCCAAAUGGACCGAAUGCAGCAAAAGUCCAAAGUGAAGGUCAUCAAAAUGUUGGUGGCCGUGGUCAUAUUGUUUGUGUUGUCCUGGCUGCCGCUCUACGUUAUAUUUGCUCGUAUAAAAUUUGGCGGAGAAAUUUCCAUGGAGGAGAGCGAAAUCUUGAACAAGGUUACGCCAUUCGCUCAAUGGUUGGGUUCCUCCAACUCGUGCAUCAAUCCUAUACUCUAUGCGUUCUUCAACAAAAAGUACAGACGAGGCUUUGCCGCCAUCAUCAAGUCACGGUCCUGCUGUGGCCGCCUGAGAUACUAUGAAAAUGUGGCCAUAGCUUCAUCGACUACAAGCACUAGCCGCCGAAAAUCAUCGCAUUAUCAGAAUGGAUCCCGUAAAAGUCCCAGCAGUCCUGGAUUGCGAAAGACCAAUGCCGUGUCCUACAUAUACGAGCAUAAUUCUUUGCGUCGCCAUAAUUUGAUGUGCAAGCAGGAUAGUAAUCUCUCGCAGCAGAUGCUUUUGAAGCAGGACUCUCAUGGUUCGCGACAGUAUUUGGUAAAACAGGAGAGCGCUUCCAGCGAUGGCUCCCGUCGUCUGUUGUGCCAGCAGGACAGUAAUGGCUCGAAGGUUUCACUAUCAAAGCAGGACUCUGUGGUAUCCUACUAUUUGGAGAAUAAACGUGCUGGUCACAAUCUUCAAGAUUCAUUUGCCACCCAAGAUUCCAUAUCGGUUGACUCGCGACGCAACACAAUCUCUCGUGGCAACGAGAGCAGCAAUGGAGGUGUUCCUUCGCCCGUUGUUGGCUCACUGCUGGAGCACAAAAGGCAGAAGUUCGUAAAGCAAGAUUCUGUAAUAUCGUUUGUUGAUCAAAGACCAGAGCCUCGUCGCCAUCAACUGGUCAAACAGGAUUCGGUUAUAUCAUUUGCGGAUCAGCGACGUGGUCUCCUAAACAAACAGGACUCGAUUGUAGGAUGCUCUAGCCGGUCUGGAGAUGGCACAGGACACCAUGUAUCGAUACUCAAGAAAACCGAUUCUCAGCUUAGCAGCGGCAGUUUUAGCUCGCCACGGCGCAACAUAGAAAUUUAUGAAUAAAUCACCCACUACGAACAUCUACGAAAUCUAACGAAGUAGACAAACAAACAAAAACAACAAAGAAAAUACAAAAAAAAAAAAAAACUUAGACUAGCACACAGUUAUGAAAAAGCACACCAACAUAUCCUUCAACGUCAGGCAAUACGGUAAACCGAUAGAGAGCAGAUACUUCUCUUCUUCCAACUCUACUACAAGGGAUAAAUAACAAAGUGUGGCGUGGAGGCGGAAGGGGGGAGAAAGCAACAAGUAGGAGCAGUAAGCGAAACACUCCCCUAAGUGGAAAUAAAACAAUCAAAUUGUAUUUUUUCAUUCUUUGUAAUACGAUUUCGCAGCAUAUAAAUUUACUAAUACUACUACAACCUACUACUACUGUUGUUGUAACUAAGGAAAACAGUGAUAUUUUGGUAAAGAACGAACAUAUUUUCAAAUUUGAGUAUUUUUGUAGAUUUUUGUUACGGAUCAUUCAAAGCCUAUGCUAAGGGGAACGAACGGCAUAUGUGUUGUUUUUUAGAAAUAACAGAAAAUAUUUUUGAAUAUCAAUGCAAAAAUUCCAAAAACAGAGACAGACGUACACAGAACUACAACCUACAUACAUACAACCAACAUACAAACACAUACAUAUAUUAAUGUUAACUGUUUGCUAGAGUUUUAUUAUUUAUUUUAUACCGAAACCAAUGAAAAGAAACUUACAUAAUAGUAAUAUAACAACUACUAUAAUAGACAACAAAACAAAAGAAAAACUUGAAAAAAACAACACAGCUUUUUAUAUGAAAGUGUUUAGAGUAAAUGUUGCGCGAACAAACACUACCUUCUAAUCCAACCAAAAGGGAGAGGGCACCAACAAACAAACGAACGAAAGAUAGCAUUUUCGGAUAGUGCCAGAGACCAAAUAAAAACAAAGAAAGGACAUCUCAACAUAUAGGGAACAUUCAAAUGAGCGACAUUGACAAUUUUUAAGGCGUGCAAAACAAUUUUGGGCACACCGCCAAGAGACACUAAAGGAAGGUCCCCCCUCCCAGAAAAAAAAAGAAGACAAGUACCUUUAUUAAAAUGAAAAACAAAAAAAUUAACAAAGAUAUAUUUAAUAUUAAUUACCAGAAUAACCGUAAAGGACAAAAACAAGAACUAAGAAAAAACAUUUUGUAUUGUAAUAUUUCUAAUA